ACUAGCAGACAAAGUAAGCAGCAUUCAACCUCUCACUCCUGUGUUAUGAAGCCACGAAUACGAGCAAAAUGAAGUUCGUACGGUUUAUUAUGAAAAACGCCGCUUUGACGAGCGUGCCAAAGCAUAUUGAACACUUCUCCAAAUUUUCUCCCUCGCCGUUGUCCAUGAAGCAAUUUUUGGAUUUCGGUUCCAUCAAUGCUUGUGAAAAGACAUCAUUUGUUUUUCUAAGGCAAGAGCUCCCUGUUAGACUAUCCAACAUAAUGAAGGAAAUCAACCUUUUACCUGAUAAACUUCUCACAACCCCCUCUGUCAAAAUGGUCCAGGGCUGGUAUGUGCAGAGUUUGAUGGAGAUCCUCGAAUUCCUAGAUAGGAAUCCAGACGAUCACAAAACUUUGGGCGAGUUUGUGGACGCUUUAGUGACCAUCAGGAAUCGACAUAAUGACGUGGUGCCGACUAUGGCUCAGGGAAUCCUCGAAUACAAAGAGUCUUUCUCCCAGGACCCAGUGACCAACCAAAACAUCCAGUAUUUUCUAGACCGCUUCUACAUGAGCCGCAUCUCCAUACGAAUGCUUAUCAACCAGCACACUCUUAUAUUUGACGGCAACACAAACCCAGUCCAUCCAAACACUAUUGGAAGCAUAGACCCCCACUGCAGAGUUACAGACGUUGUUCAAGAUGCCUUUCAUAGUGCCAAGAUGCUGUGUGACCAGUAUUAUCUCCGCUCUCCUGAGAUGGUCCUGCAAGAGCGAAACAGCAAGGACAAAACCCAGCCUAUCAACAUUGUGUAUGUGCCUUCUCAUCUGUAUCAUAUGCUGUUUGAGCUUUUCAAGAAUGCAAUGCGUGCAACAAUAGAGAAACAUGAAGCCAGCUACGAGCUCCCACCCAUAGGAGUCCUCGUGUCACUCGGGGGAGAGGAUAUGUCCAUUAAGGUGAGCGACCAGGGAGGCGGUGUCCCAUUUCGCAGAAUCGAGAACCUUUUCAGCUACAUGUACUCCACAGCUCCUGCACCACAGAUGGGAGACCACUCACGCCCGCCACUGGCUGGGUUUGGCUAUGGACUCCCCAUCUCUCGACUCUAUGCCAAGUAUUUCCAGGGGGACCUGCAGCUUUACUCUAUGGAGGGCCAUGGCACUGACGCUGUCGUCUACCUGAAGGCCCUGUCUACAGACUCAGUGGAGCGGCUGCCUGUUUACAACAAGACGGCUCUGAGGAACUAUAAAGUCAGUCAGGAGGCGGACGACUGGUGCGUGCCCAGCAAAGAGCCGCUGGACCUGAGCAACUUUAAGGUGGCCAAAUAAGCAACUGCGGGGGCUCUGAUGCUUUCAAUCCUGAAUCAUGUUUCCAUUUCACCUGCCAGUCAAAACGUUUGGCAAGGCAAAAAGAAAGGCCCAGUCACACACCAUUACCACAAGAUUGUACACCCAUAUUUAUGUGUGGUGGUUUUAUAUCGUGCCAUUGUAUUGUGUUAAGAGUUCUUUCUAACAGCAUACAAAAAAGAAACAGAUCUGCAAGCAUUUCUAAGCUUUUACAUGGGUCUUAAUGGGGGCAGCUUGAAUUUGUCUGAGACGCAGAGGCUGGGGCGGGCCAGUCUGGACAAGUUGGUGUUAUUAUGGGAGAGCAAAUACUACAAUUAAGAAAAUCUAGUAUUUCCAUCUUAUAUAAGUACCACAUGAUUUUGAAUUGUUCAUAAUUUUACUGUAAAUUGAGUAUAGGAUAUUAUUUUUGUCAUAUAUUUCUUGUAUAAGCUGAAAGGGUAUAGAGCGCUUUGGUAUGUUAUGAAAGCCACUAGCCUUAUCAAAACACCCCAAAAUAUUUAAGUACUUGAAAAAUAUCUAAUGCACACUUUCUACUGGAGUACUGUGAUUGAAUGUAUUGUCUGUAAUAUUAAAUUAAACUGAAGUUUUUCUUGCAUGUAAAUAAAUGUCUAUAGUAAAAAUGUAGCCACACUGAUUAUAGUCAGUGUUUUAAAAUAAAGCUAAAAUAAUCCUCUACGACACGUAUGCAUCGAUUUGCAUAAAGUAACAGAUGAAAUAAAAACAUUAAAGCGUUUGAUCGAACUGACAGAUUAUGGGGCCCAAUUUACCAGCUGUGUUUUAACCAAAGUUUGUUAUCACGAUUUGUUUUGGCAAGGUUCAAUGCGAGCGUGUGUGUUCCGGCCUACAGGGGGCGCAGGUCAUGUCCAAGUUCAUAAUAAUGUGUUUGUGAUGAAGAGAGGCCAGUUGAGGUUUGUAACGCGGUGCUGUUUAAAGAAGCUGGGUCCAUAGUGUUGAAAUCCACAUGUAUCAUCAUUAUUUUUUCAUUUCGGUUGUGAAUUGUUAUUUUUUACAAAGUACAAAGGAGAUGGGGAUGUUUGUAAAUACAUACAAGCAAUAACAUAAAAGAUCAAGUACACUA